AUGCCAAAAGUGAUAGAGGAACUUAAAUUGUUCUUAACAAAUUUAUCAAAAGGGUCCAAUACAGUUGAUACUAGUGAUUUGCUGAACUCAGGUGUGGCUGACGAAUCUGUUAUUUUGAACAUUAAAGAAAAACUUGGAGAUUGUCCUUGGAAUAUACAAAAAUUAAUAGACCUAGGAAUUGGAAUAAUUGAAAAAAAAGAAAAAAAGGGAAAUUGUGAAGAAAAUUAUGAAAGUGAGUAUGGAAAAGAAAACGAACUUGAACAUGAGCAUUAUAGUAGUGAUGAUCUAAUAUCCGAAGUUGAAAAAAUAAGUAUAUGUGGUAGUGAUAUGGAAUAUCAAAAAAAGUCGACAGCAAAAGAAGAAAUAAAAUAUAUAAAUGAAUCAUCUCGUGAAUAUGGCGAGUCGAUUGAUGAAAAUUUUAAAUUUAUAUCAUAUGAGCAUGCAGAAGAAAUGUUAAAAUUUAUGAUACAAGAAAAUUAUAUAAAUAUACAUCCAAUUGCUAAAGAGUUUAUUUUAUUAAUAACUUUUGUAUUUAAUUGUAUAAGAAAAGAAUGUUGUAAAAGCAGUUCUUUAAAUUUUGAGCAAAAUACGAUGUCUAAUAAGAAGAACAUUAAAAUACAUAAUAAUGACGAACAGGAAAAUAAUGUAAGAAAAAAUAUGAACAAAAAAAAAAAUAUCAUAAAAUUUAUGAACACGUUAGGUAAACAAAAUCAUAUUUUUUUAAAAAAAAAAAAAAAAUCACCAGAAAAAAAUAAAAAUAAAAAUAAAAAUAAAAUAAAUACUGUCAAUAAUAGAAAUUAUGGUAAUGCUCAUUUAAAAGAGGAUGUUAUGUCUAAAAAUAGCAAUUAUAAUGGCAACGAAUCGAGUACAAAUUUCAUGCAAUAUAUUUACAAUGAUUCAAGAAAUAACAAUUAUCAAAGCGAACUUAGUAAAUUAAACACAUUUACCUCAUUUAACUCUGAAGCACAACCCCAAGAAACCGAUAGCGUAAACAAAGGAAUUUUUGAUAUAAAUGUAACAUCACACAUAGACAAUAUCAAUAAAGGAAAUAAUUAUGAGCGUGCUAGCAGUAAUGAUAAUAAUUAUGACAAUAAUAAAUGGAAACAUAAUAAGUGUUUAACUGAUGGCACAUUUUUAAGCCUUCUCGAAUCAGAGGAGUGUGAAUAUAACGUAGAUGAUAUAGAACAUGCUUUUAGCCAAGAAAACAUGAAUAAAGUGUGUGCAAUUUUUUAUAAACACCUGAACAAAGUCAGGAAAAUGAAUAAUGAUGAACUAGCUAAAAAAAAUAUAAAUAUUAUAAUGAUACUUUUUUAUUUAACGAACAGGUAUUUUGGAAUUUAUUUUUUAAAAACAAUUAAUAUGUAUGUUGAGUUAUAUUAUAUUAAUAAACAAUUUAACGAAUAUAAAAACAAAAAUGAAAACAUAAAAAAUAACCUUAGUAAAAAAAUAGACAAAUAUUUAGAACAAUUAAAAAUAAGCGAACAACAUGUAGAAGAAUUCGAAAGUUUUAAAUUAAAUUAUACAGAGUUAAAAAAAGAAAAUGAAAAAUUAAAAAAUGGUAAUAAUAUAAUUCAAAAAUUAAAAAAAAAAAUUAACACUAUAGAUAAUGAAAAAUUGAUGAUAAUAAAAGAAAAUGAAAAAUUAGAAUUUAUCAUUAAAAAAAAAAAUAUGUUAAUCGAAAAUAAUAAAAUAAUAGAAAAGGAGAGAAAAGAUGAAAUAAAUAAAACAAAUAAUAAAAAAACUAAACUUGUCCUAAAAAAACAUUUCCCUUUAUCAUCUAAAAAUAUAUCUAACAUUUCAGUGCCUAUUAUUACAACCAAUAAUUACAACAUUAAUAAUAUAAACAAGCAUAGCGAAUUAGUAAAUAAAAAUGUAGAACAUGGGAAAAUGUAUAACAAAAUAAUAGGAGAGGAAAUAUUAAAAAAGAUUUUUGAUAAAACAAACCAAAAAGAUAUAAUCAAGAAAGAAAAAGGAACACAAACAGUAAGUACCUCCAUUAUAUGUAAAGACGAAUUAUCGAAUUAUCAAAAUUCAAAAUCAACACAAGAACAAUAUGUAUCUACAAGUAAUAAAAAAAAAAAAAACUAUGAUGUGUGCAUAUUAUGUGAGAACAAACAAAAUUAUAAAAUAUUGCAACAAAAUAAUGAACAGUUGGAAAUUCAUAAUUUUGAAAAAACAGAAAAAUCUGGAACAAUUUCAACAAUUUCCUAUGCAGAAAAAAGCGAAAUAUCAUCAAAUAAAUAUGUAGAAACAUUAGAAAUAAGUAAAAAAUUUAUGAAAGUACCAAACUAUAAAAGUAUACUAAAUUAUCAAACGGGAAAUUAUUGUUUCCAUUUUUUAUUAUUUUGUAAGAAAAAUAAAAAUAAAAAUAAAAUUUUAAUUAAAAAAGAUUUUAAAAAAUAUAUAAUUUGUCUAAAUUCAUCAAAUAUGGGAAUACAAGAUAAUAGUUGCUAUAGUAUAAUUGGCAUUAACAGAAAAUUAUUAAUAGAAAAUAUAUUUUAUUUUGUAGCAAACAAUAUUUCAAUUUUUGGUGAAUUUUUAUUUAAUCCGGACUUAAUUCAUGCUUGUUUGAGAUAUUUUUCGAAUAAUUUUGCUGACAAUAAUAAUAGUGGAAACUUUAAUAUUAGACAUAAUUUAAUAGAUGAUGAAAUAAAUAAUUAUGUUCUACCAUUUAUUAAUUACUUUUUAAAUAUAUAUACGUGUGUAUAUAAAAUAAAAUAUAACAUAUAUUGUUCAUACAAAGAAUAUCCUCAUUGUUCUGAUCCAAAUCAUAUAGUUAAUUUAUUCAAUUCAUAUUAUUUUUCUAAUAAAUAUUUUAUCAAACAAGAAAGUAGUAAAUAUGCCUUUUUUUUGGAAACCGAUCUAAGCGAAACUUCAAAUGUAAACAAAAUUACAGAAAAUGUAGAAUGGGAAUAUUAUAACACACUUAGCAUAAUUGUAUUCAAUGCGAUAAAAAAGAAAGGAUGUAUCAUGCUAUCAAAUUAUAUUUUAAAACGUGAAAUAAAAGUGAAAGGUGAUGAAGAAAAUAAUAACAAUAAUAGUAAUAAUAAUAAACCAAAUAAUCUAAAACGUUGCAACAACAAUCUUUUAUUUGAUAUAAAUAAUUUUACAAUCAAUCUUAUUAAGCAUGAGCAGCAUAGCUGGGGGUGUUAUAAGAAUAGGUAUUUGCAAAAAAAAACACAUAUAUACAACGAAAUUGAUAAGAUAUGUAAAAUUUGGAUGAAUGACAACGAAAAUGAAAAUAUAAAUUUGAUUAAUCAAUUUAAUUAUGAACUAAGUUCUAAAGAAAAUGGCAUAUGUUAUCAACCCCCCAAUAAUAAUAUAUUUAUGCCAAAAUUUGCAUUUUUAAAACCAAAAAAAUAUAGUAUAAAAUGCAAAAAUACGAAAAAAUAUACUCAGAACUUAAAGAUGGAUAGAAAAGACAUGUCCAAAAUAGAUAAACAAAGUGAUAAACUUUUUAAAGUAAAUUCAAAUAAAUAUAUUCCAAAUUUACAAUUUUCAAACUUUUAUAUAAAUACAAAUGGACAGACAACAUUUAAAGUUUCAAGCUUCAAUUGCUUAUGCCGUUUUUUUAAUUUUUUUAACAAAAAUAAUAAUAUUUAUUUGAAAAAAAACCAAAAAAUUGCACACAAAAAUGUUAAAAAUAUUAUGAGCGGCAAUAAUAAAAGUGUUAAAAAAAAAAAAAAUUCUGACAAAGGCAUAAAUACUAAUUGCUCGAAUUAUUUAUUACUAAGUAAUUUUCUUCAAUUGGUAUCCUUAUUUGUUUCUUUUGUUUUUAUAUUUUUGCUUGAUAUAUAUAUUCUAAAUAAUUCUAUAUUUUCUUUCUUUACAUAUCUUGUAUUUUUUUUUGCAUUUAUUAUAACUUCACUAUUAAGAAGUAUACUAUAUAUAAUUAGUAUUCCUUUAUAUAGUAAAAUAGAUAUACAAGAUUCUUUGGAUUAUUUUUCAGUUGCUUUUAUACAAAUAGUAAAUUAUGCUCAUGCCUUUUUGUAUCAAAAUGAAGAUCUUAUUGAAUAUAUAUAA